UUAAUUUCAUAGGUAAGUCAAACGAUGGCUCAGCAUCUCCGUCGUGUCAGUUAUCUCCUAGCCACCGUGCUAAUACUAGUGAUCCCAUCACUGGAAGCUACUCCGCGUUUCUGGUCUUGGCAGCCUAGGAGUUCGCCCUCGUCGAUCGUCCACAUUUCCAUCGGCAAUCGAGUAAACACCAAUGCCACACUGGACGACCGUGGCACUUCGAUCCGGGAUCUUGCUAUCAACCUCUCGCGUUGGAAUGGAAACCUGACCUUUGCGAGAAACGGUACGGAGAUAUUCGUCACCAGGGGAACCGAUGGCAUCACCAACAUUCGCAUAACAUUCGAUUCCAGCUCCGCUACCCAAUCACCUGCUAUGAAUUCUACUGCGACCAAUUCGACUGAACCUUCAAGCCGUCGAAGGAAACGAGCAACCGGAAUACCUUCCCUACCGACCAUCCCAAUCCCAACGCUAAACGGUUCGCAAGCGUUCCUCGACGGAAACUACAUUCCUCUACCGAGUGCCAUAACAAGUCUAGCGUCGACCACCGCCGCCCACGACGCUCGCAGCUUGCUUCAACCCUGGCAGUUCUUGCAAACCAUUCUCAAUCGGCGCCUACCGAUGCUAACCCUAGACGCCGUGGUAUCGUUUCUCUCGCAACUGUAUUCCGCCACCGGGAAGCGCAUGAUAGACACCGGCGUAAACGCCCUCGGCGAAACUACGGACUUUUUCUCCGGUAUCGUCAACUCGGCACUGGACCUGGCUACGGAGCAAGCUUCUUCCGGAAUUCAGGACGUUGUUCGGACGUUCAAAGAUCUAACCCAGGCUCGUCAAACCUGUGUGGGCCAAGUGCCGGAUGAUGCCGCACGGCAGGUCGUAUCGAAGGCUACCGGAUGCGUUCGGGAGCGGUGGAACGAAGUCGAGGGGAUUGUGAACCAGUUUCUGGACGUGGUUAGCGAUACGGAGGAGGCUUACGGUGGAUGGUUACGAGCGUUGGACGGAUGUAAUGCGAGGAAUUUUGAAGGUACGGGGCUGGACGCCGCACAGAGGGAAUGCUACGUUCAGGCCAUUGCUAAUUCGGUCGGAAAAAUGAUAGACAUUCCAAUGCGUUGGUCAAACUUGACCCUACGGACCAGCAAUGCCGUGACGAAUUUCCAGCCUCAAGUGGGUCUGUGUGUAGCUGGCGUUGGUGCUGAGAUAGCUUCCGUUUCCGCGAAUAUCGGCCUCAGAAUCGUUCUUUGUCAAGUGUUCCAGUAAAUGCAAGAUAGAAUAAAAUGUUUCUUGAUGGUUGGUGGU